AAAAUAAACAAAUAAUUAUCUUGCGCACAUUGCUACACAAAAUUAAUUAAAUACAGCCUUAAUUAUGGACGUAAGAGCACUAAAGAAGGAGAAGAAUCGAAAAAGAAAACAAGAUUUAUUGAUUAAACAAGUUGAGCAUCAAGAAGCGGUUGAAAAAGCUAAGAUCAUUCAAAAAGAAGAGGAAUUAAGGCUUAAAUCUAGUGAUAUUAAGGAAAGUGUCAGUACAAUUUCGAUAGCUGUUCCUGGAUCAAUUUUAGAGAAUGCACAAUCACAAGAAUUGAGAACAUAUUUAGCAGGUCAAAUUGCUAGAGCAGCAUGUAUUUAUAAUAUUGAUGAAGUAAUAGUGUUUGAUGAUAAUCCAUCCAAUAAUGUAACUACAUCUAAAAUGCAGCAAAUUGAGACAUCAGAUGGUGUUAAAAUAGCUAGACCAUGUUGUAUUCAAUUUGCUAGAAUCUUACAGUACCUGGAAUGUCCACAAUAUUUAAGGAAGUUCUUCUUUCCCAUUCAUAAUGAUUUAAAGUUUAGUGGACUGUUGAAUCCACUUGAUUCUCAACAUCACUUGCGUGUAACUUCUGAAUUUUUAUAUCGUGAAGGUAUAGUCACAAACAAGCCACAUCCAAAAUUUUCAUUCGUUAAUGUUGGUCUGUUAAAUGACAUUCUUGUCGAUAAGCAGCUUCCAGAAGGCAUAAGAGUCACAGUAAAAAUUCCACAAAAUUCUGAUCUUAAAUCUAAGAAGCUUAAAGGAAUUAUUGUGUCGCCAUCAGAACCGAGACGUGUUACAGGCAUUUAUUGGGGCUAUAAUGUAAGAAUAGCAAGCAGCAUAUCCCAUGUUUUUUCUCAGUCGCCUUAUGAUGAAGGAUAUGACUUAACAAUUGGAACUAGUGAUAAAGGAAGUAACAUAAAUGAGACAGAAAAUAAGGCACUCAAGUACAACCACUUGCUUAUUGUAUUCGGUGGCAUUUUUGGACUUGAGAAUGCUGUAGAAAAUGAUGACAACCUGACUGUUGAUGAUCCAAGCAUGUUAUUUGACCAAUACUUCAAUGUCGUACCAGAUCAAGGUUCACGAACAAUUAGAACUGAAGAAGCUGUCCUAAUUACUUUAGCUGCUAUGAGCAAUAAGUUACAGGCACAGAAUGAACCACCAGAAUUCAAGUAUAAAGACUUAAUUGCGCAAAGUGAAGAUACUGGAAACAAUCAAGCACCAUUAGAACCAAUGAAAAGAAAGAAUAAAGUUAAAAAGAAGAAACUAGAAGCAGCUGUUGCGUCUGAGGAAGAAGGAGACAUGAAUAUGGACAGAUUUGAUUAAAACCGUUAAAUUAUCUGAAAUAAAAAAAAUUGAAUUUGAAUUUAAAGAUCA